AUGUUUCCGGCGAUUCUAAAAAAUUCCCACCGCCUCCACGAUUUCGCGACGGAGCUUCUCAAAUACAAUGGCGGCACAUUUGAGCUGAAAGGGCCCACCUUUGCCAACUUGAACAUGCUCGUCACGUGUGACCCAGCAAACAUCGAUCACAUUCACAACAAAAACUUCCUCAACUAUCCAAAGGGUCCCCGUUUCCAGAAAAUCUUUGAGAUUUUUGGCGAUGGGAUUCUCAACACCGAUUCUGAGCUCUGGAAGCUUCACCGGAAAACCACCAAUGCUCUCAUGAAUCGCCUCGAAUUCCGGAGUUUGUUGGAGAAAACCGCCUCGGAAACGGUGGAAUUCGGGUUGUUUCCGGUUCUUGAUCGUUACGCUCAACAAGGAGCCUACUUUGAUCUCCAAGAAAUCUUCAAAAGGUUAACUUUUGACAUAAGUUGCCAAGUGUUUCUCGAUAAGAAUCCCGGCAGCCUUUCCGGCGACCAUCCAUUCCGGAAGGCGAUCAGUGACACCGUCAACGCUAUUUUCUACCGUCAUAUCCUCCCGGAAAAGUGUUGGAAGUUACAAAAAUGGGUUUUUGGGAUUGAUAGAGAGAAGAAUCUUUCUAAUGCGGGGGACACUUUUGACAAGUUCAUAUACCCAAUUCUUUCUGAGAGACAAAACAACCAGAUUCCCGACAAAGGUUCCACAUUUACCAUGAUGUCUUCCCUCUUGAAGGCAUACCAAGAAAAACCCAAAAGAUUCCUCAGAGACACUUUCAUGACUUUAACAAUUUCCGGAGGAGGUUCCACCAGUUCUGCCCUCACUUGGUUCUUUUGGCUCCUUGCCAAAAACCCUUUGGUGGAGGCAAAAAUCCUUGAAGAGAUCAAACUAAAAUAUGAGAAACAAAACCAUGUUUUUAAGGUAGAAGAAUGUUGCAAUUUAGUCUACCUCCAUGCUGCUUUCUGUGAAUCUCUUAGGCUAUUUCCACCCAUACCUAUGAACCACAAGAUGGCUUUAGAGACAGAUAUUCUUCCCAGUGGUCACAUAGUCCAAACACACGAAUCCUGA